GCAUGCUUGACGAAACUUUUUUUUUUCUCCUCCUGCAUGUAAAUCCUCCACAAAGGAGCUGAAGUUCAAAUAAGGCUGCUUUAACCUUGCAAGAAAUGAUGGAUUCGAAACUUUAGGGCUGCUAUGCUGGGGGUCGCCGUUUCACCCAAAGUGAACUAGCAGCAGCCUGCUGUCCCCGUGGGCCUGGAGCGGGGAAGGCAUGGUUGAUGCCCGGCAACCAAGUGGUUUACCCUUUUGCAAACGCAAACGAUUUGACUAAAGAGAAUUGAGCUUUUUGUUUCAACUUAAUCCGACUCUCCAUGCACUCCCUGAGUACCGAAUCCAAUGUCUGAAACUUAGUCGCCGUCGAGCGCAGGUGAAGGUCCCUGUGGAGUCAACAGUUUGAUGCGGCGUUCAAGGGAGAGGUCAUGCUGAACAUGGAUGAUUCGUUCAGAUAACAUUUGAUCAAAGCACGUGAAAGCCAGAAGCAAGGAGCCAAUCGUAAAGGAACAGGGUUUUUAUAUUCUUCCUGCAGAAUCAGCCACUCAUAGGACCAUGCAGACGGUGAGAUUGACCUGCCUGGUCCUUAUUGCUGCAGUAGGGGUUGCUGCCCAGAGCAGCGACGAAGAGAAAGAACAGGAAUUCGUUUAUCUGAACCGGUACAAGAGAUCGAGUGACCCUCCUGAUAAAUGCACCUACACCUUCGUGGUUCCCCAGCAGAAAGUGACUGGGGCCAUCUGUGUCAAUUCCAAGGAACCCGAUGUCCUGCUGGAAAACAGGGUUCACAAGCAAGAAUUAGAAUUACUGAACAAUGAGCUCUUAAAGCAGAAGAGGCAAAUCGAGACCUUGCAGCAACUAGUGGAGGUCGACGGUGGAAUAGUCAACGAGGUGAAACUCCUGCGGAAGGAGAGCAGGAAUAUGAACUCCAGGGUGACGCAGCUCUACAUGCAGCUCUUACAUGAAAUUAUUCGGAAACGGGACAACGCUCUAGAGCUCUCCCAACUGGAGAAUAAGAUACUGAACCAGACCGCCGACGUGUUGCAGCUUGCAAACAGAUACAAGGAUCUAGAACAUAAGUAUCAACAUUUGGCUUCCUUAGCUAACAACCAGUCUGCCAUUAUAGCCCAGUUGGAAGAACACUGUCAGAGAAUGCCAACAGUCAGACCAAUACCUCCACCUCCACAACCACCAAACCGAGUCUACCAGCCUCCCACCUAUAACCGCAUUAUUAACCAAAUAUCUACCAAUGAAAUUCAGAGUGAUCAAAACCUAAAGGUGCUCCCACCUCCUCUGCCCACGAUGCCAACUGUUACCAGCAUUCCAACCUCAACUGAUAAACCAUCUGGGCCCUGGAGAGACUGUCUCCAGGCUUUAGAAGAUGGCCAUGAUACCAGCUCCAUAUACUUAGUGAAACCCGACAAUGCAAACCGGCUGAUGCAGGUGUGGUGCGACCAACGGCACGAUCCCGGUGGCUGGACGGUUAUUCAGAGACGACUAGAUGGAUCGGUCAACUUCUUCAGGAACUGGGAGACAUACAAGCAAGGAUUCGGAAACAUAGAUGGAGAGUAUUGGCUGGGGCUUGAGAAUAUCUAUUGGUUAACAAAUCAAGGCAACUACAAGUUGUUGGUAACAAUGGAAGAUUGGACUGGACGCAAAGUAUUUGCUGAAUAUGCUAGUUUCAGGCUGGAGCCAGAGAGUGAAUACUACAAGUUGAGACUGGGCCGCUACAAUGGCAAUGCGGGGGACUCGUUCACCUGGCACAAUGGGAAGCAGUUCACUACGCUGGACAGGGACCAUGACGUCUACGCAGGAAAUUGUGCUCACUACCAGAAAGGAGGGUGGUGGUACAACGCCUGUGCCCACUCAAACCUCAACGGAGUCUGGUACCGCGGCGGUCACUAUCGCAGUCGUUAUCAGGAUGGAGUGUACUGGGCUGAAUUCCGAGGGGGCUCCUACUCCCUAAAGAAAGUGGUGAUGAUGAUCAGGCCAAACCCAAAUACAUUUCAUUAAAAGAAUUUCACUCUUCUUCUACGACAAAACCCAACAGUAAAAAAAAAAGUCAGCAACAGCUGAACAAGACUUCCAGAAAACAUUGUUUCUGCAGCAAAGAAUGUAAGAUAUUUGAUGUUUACUAUUUACAAAUGAGGACUUGUAUGCUGUAUGAUAUUUUCAUGAACCAAUACAACAAAUAUCAACCUAAAUGAUGCGAUAUUUUGUUUAUAAUACCUUUCCGUGCCCCAUACAGUAAAUAAAACUUCCUAGUCUUGGAACAUAAGAAGAGGAAGGCUGUAGAUAACUUUUUAAAAAAUAAAUUAAGUCUAAAUACUAAAAACACAACACCUAAAUGAGUUAUAAUAUAUAAAUGUACAUACACACAAAUAUCAUUUAUGUACAUGCACGUGUGUUUAGAGACACACAUUUAAAUCUCAAAUCCUGGAGGAGCUCCAGAUUGUGCAGUUAUCUUAGAUUUGACCCAGGAAAUUGUAUCCUUUGAAAAAUGUACAGUAGGUGAUAGGCAUGCUGUAGGACAUUAAUGUAAUUGAAAUUAAUUUAAGUUCUGUUAUCUGUUGUCCCGAGAGUGAAUGGGCGUAGACAGCCAAAAAUUAACAGUGGCCUUCUUGUCACCUGAACCCCUCCCCGAAUUAGCACGGCUGCUUGCUAUUAGCAAUCAAGGUAUGUGCCGAGCUCCCAUUCCUAAACCUCUUCUGCCAGAUAUCCUUUCUGGCAUCUCACCGAGUUUCAGAAACCAACACUUCCAAUGACCGGCUCCUUCUCUGACCAAAAACCUGGAACUUCUUCAGAACACCUUCUCUUCCCCAAAUCCCUGCCUUCAGGAAGCACCCUUCUCUCCCCAGAAGGAUCUUCAUGCCCGAGGACUCCAAGAAGAUGGCAGAGGGGGGCACUGGGAGGCCACCACGCCGAGCACAGAGGUCAAAGGUUUCUGGUCCAGAAAGGAGAGUCACUGUUUUAAACUGAACAGUCAGUUCAGUCAGUUUAAUCACUUUUCUCCCAUAUCUUAGUCACCACAUAAUGUUAACCUCCAUAUAAACCUUAGCCUAAAUAGUCCAAAGUAUUUUUGUAUCUGAGCUAAGUCAUUACCUGCUGUGUGGCCAUUACAAACCAAAUAGGGCUACAAACCAAAAGGGCUAUCCACCUUUGCAGGCAAAUGAUGGGUACCAAUUGAGAAUAUAUUUUAAUAUCUUUUCCAACAAGGUAAAGUUUCUAAGAGAAACUAUUUGUAACCAAGACCAGUAGCCCACAGCACAAGUCACAUUAGUUACUUACAUACUGUUUGUCAACAUGUUAAUCAAAUUUUACUUAUCUGUACUUGUAGAAACUUGACCUUGUAAAUCUGUUCAGCUUAUGUGUGUGUGUACCAAGCUUAUUAUUGUAGGACAUGUGGCAAAACCAAAAAAAUCAAGUGAGGGCUGACAAUUAGCACAAGAAUACAGGAGAAAGAGACAGAUUCUUGGCAUGUCAGCAUAUUAUGUAGUACGUCUGUGAGAUUUUUAGUGGCAUAUUAUAUAAUGUACAAAUAUGUGCGUCUACCCUUUCUUCCCUUAUUACCUCAUUAUUUCUCAACCAGUGUAUGAUGUGCAUUAAACUGACGUCUGAUGUAGCAUGUGUUGUAUAUAAAAAGUAGUGUUUUUAAUAUAUUACCAGAUUACGCUUGUAACGAUACAUUCUGCAAUAAAAGCAACAAAUGCUAUUUUGAUGUA